AUGGCAGCCAAGAGUUUGAACCUGUGUCAAGUAGCUGAAAUAAAGCAGAAGUUGUCCAACAAUGUCAAGAUGGCUCAUCUUGCCAAGGAAUACAGCGUUUCUCCGCACACUAUCAAGAGAUUGAGCCAGGGCUUGGACUUGUCUUUGGAGGACAAUCUCCGGGGACCAGAAAACGCUCCAAUCUCGGGCGAUGUUCUGAAAGCUAAGGCCUUGGAGCUCAACAAGUUCGUUUGGGAAGCGGCCGAUUUCAAGGCCAGCAAUGGAUGGCUAGAGAAAUUCAAGAAGCGCUACCAGAUUCGGCAGUUAUCUAUGCAAGGAGAUAAGUUGUCAUCCGACAACGUAGCAGCAGAGAAUUUCAAGGAGACGCUGCAUUCUUACUUGAAAGAGAAAGGAUACACCGAGGAUGAGGUCUACAACGCCAAUGAGACGGGCUUAUUUUUCAAGUCCUUGCCGAAGAAAACUCUAGCGGCGGGAUACGAGCGGCAACCGUCGGGAUUGAAGGAGCAGAAAGAACGAGUGACUGUGAUGUGCUGCGCCAAUGCGUCCGGAUCGCAUAAAAUCACUCCUCUACUCAUCGGCAAGUCGAAAAAUCCCAGAUGUUUUUCGAAGUGCGAGAGAGAGAAACUGCCCGUCAAAUACACGAACAGCCGUUCAGCUUGGAUGGAUCGGAACAUAUUCUUGGACUGGUUCGAGAAUAUUUUCGUCAAGGAGGUCCAAGCGCAUCAUCCGCCGCAUCAGAAAAUUUUUCUCCUGUUGGACAAUGCACCGUCGCACCCCGCAGCAGCUGAAUUAAAUUACAUCGCCGAGAACGUUGAAGUGAUGUUCCUGCCGCCGAACGUCACCGCUUUGAUUCAGCCAAUGGAUCAGGGCGUCAUUGAAAAAAUGAAAAAAAUGUUCCGGAAAAAUUUAGUCAAAGCGCUAGUCCUAGAAGAGGCAACAUCGGGAGCAAGCGUCAUCGAUUUGGCAAAGAAGCAGACGGUGAAGGACUGCUACUACCGAAUUUCUAGUUCGUGGAAUGUUAUCAACGCCAGAGAUCUCCGCAACGCAUGGAACAGAAUUUUGGGCAAGGACGAUUUUCCCUACGAAAAAAGAGCAUCGGCUGAAGAAGUUAACUUGUUACAACUUCUUAAGGAUAGCCCAGCCUUCGCCGACUGCACAUUCGAGAUGGCCCAAGCAUGGAUCGAGGAAGAUUACACGGAUAAUGGCUGGCAAAAUUUGAACAUCCAACAAAUUUUUGAAAGAAUCACGUCUAAUAAUCCGGAGAAGUUCGCUGAAGAAGACGAGGAGCCGAUCGCAGAAGUCGAAAAUAUAGAACCAGAGAAAGAAGUUUCCGUUGGUGAGGCCUACGAUACGGCUCUGAAGCUUCGAACAUUCUUAGAGCGAACGUGGGAUUCGACGAGCGUGCAGAUAAGCAAUGUGCAAGAAGUCGCCGAUUUAAUACUAAAUAUAUACAAACCAAUGUAA